CUAUUCAACUCCUUCAAUCUAAAAUGGCCCAGAAGUUGACUUUAGUAUGCUGUGCCCUCCUAGGAGUCGCAGCUGCCAGCUACAUACCUCAUUCCGACUACCAUCAUGGUCAUGAGGUGGGCUUCAGCAUAAAGACACAUCAUGAGGCGCCCAAGAAGUGGCACAGCCAGGAGCAUGAUCAUUGGGCACCACAGCAGCAUUACCAUGUGCCUGCAGCAUCUGUUCAACAUCACUGGGCACCGGCACCAGCACCAGCCCCACAGCACCAUCAUGUGGCCGAGGAGAGCCAUCACAAUCACCACCCCAAAUACCAGUUCGACUACGGCGUCAAGGAUACCAAAACAGGCGACAUCAAGAAUCAGUGGGAGACUCGUGAUGGCGACAAGGUCAAGGGAGGCUACACCAUGAAGGAGGCUGACGGACGCACUCGUGUCGUUGAAUACACAGCUGAUGACCACAAUGGUUUCCAGGCAGUCGUCAAACACAUUGGACAUGCCCAUCACGAGGAGCACAAGUCAUACGAUCAUGGAUACCAAGGACAUGGACAUGGUCAUGGACAUGGACAUGGAUACGGACAUGGACAUGGACAUGCCAUUAGCUAUGUGGAUGUGAAACAGGAUACGGGCAGCAAGUGGUGAUAAAUGGACCGAUUCCUAAAAACGAGCUCGAUAAAUGUUGUAAAUACCCUGUAAAUGAAAACUCACAAAAAAAUAUGUCAAACAAAACAAGCAAAUUGAAUAAA